CUGACGUGCCAAGAGCCUCCAGAAUCCAAGCCACUUUCCGCCUUUUCUAACCACAUUUUCCGAAUCCGAGACCCAGGUCCGACAACAGCGUGCUUUUUUGCUAUCAGGUCUUUUAAACAGAUCCGCUGUUGUUGAUUUUUUCUUCGAAGAAAGUGCGUCCCGAGUCUCUUUUCUGAGGUUGAAACCAUGGCGCAACCAAACCUCACUGAUUUAUUCAGCAACAUGUCCCACGACGAGCUUCUCGUGAGCAUCCCCCUUUUGUAUGCUGAGGCCCCCACUGCCGCCUGGCGGGAUGUUUGCCUGAUUGAACUGUUCAGAAGAAUGACUGACAAGUUCAAGAGCUGCGACGCCGAAACCCGCCGUCAAGGGAGGGCCUUGCUGGAGCUCGCUUGCCUUCUGGUCCUCGACCCCGCCACCAAAGUGGCACUUCUCAUCAGAUGGCUCUAUUUAGUUCCUACACCUCCGUUCUGCGCCCCGCUGCAAGCCUCGGUGGCCGUCGAGGUGCUCAGGACCAUCGUCGAGAGAUAUGGAAGCUGCCCCGAGUUCCAGUUUAGCAGUGAUCUAGCGAAGGACAUCGGAAUGGAGUGCCUUGAUGUCGCAGCCGGUGGACAGGGCUGGCGUUCCAAGCCACUCCAUGAAGUCCUCUUCGAUCUAUCUGACAAGUAUGAGGAAGCAACGAGGGAUUUGGUGGUCAAAGCUCUUUAUAAAACUGAGUGUGCCAAGGCUGAGGCAUUGAUAACGGACGUAGCAGGCCUGAAAAAAUUCAUCAUCAACACCAUGAUGCGUAAAGAUAGAUACAACUCUCCCAUCUCCAACCGCAAAAUCAACUUCUUCACACCAAGAAGUGCCUCCCCGAGUCCCUUUGAGAUUUUCGUGUAUGAUGUCAAUUCUCACAUCGAAGAAACGAUCCUCAAUGUGGACCACUACUUGCUAGGCAAGCUUCUAAACAUCUACAUUGCCUGCAGUAGGGAGAGGCCUUCGAAGAUUGACGGUCCCCCACUGGUCCCAGAGUGCGUGCCGUCCGAGACAAGCAGCGAUGAGGGGGAGAUCGACUUGUGGUUGUCUGACGACGAGACUCCUGAGAUGCCCGUGUCCCAAAUGAACCGGAAAAGGAAGGCUCUGUGGAAAGAGUUCCGUGACCGGCCCAAACCUUGUAAGGUUGCGCGCUUCGAGCCCACUAAGGUCAAGAGGACACGGAAGCAGCCGAGAAUGGCGACGGAACCACUCAACAAAGGAAGCAGGUCGUCUACAAGAUGGGCCUCCAAAGUUGCAAAGCAUCUUAUUGGUGCAAACUUCAAUGUGGUUCAUGAGGUUACCCUUGCACCGUCUGCUCGGCCUAUGGACCCCACCAACGCCCCUGCAAACGCUCCUCAGGCAGCCUUGGCUGAUGCGGUCCCCCAGGACGACUUUGCUGCAGCUGCUGAUGCAUCCCCUGCAUCUACGAGAUCAUCUCCUUCAGGUUCAGCGUCACCAGCCUCUCAUCCCGCAACAUGGUCACCUGCCCUGUCUCCGUCAGUCCAAGACUUCCCUGACGACGAUGAUGAUGAUGAAGCCCUUUCACCAGCAUCCUCUGCUGCCUCUGACCAGCCUUCUAUGGAAAAUAUGUCUGCAGCGCUGUCACCGAAGAUUGUGGCUGCUGUCGCUGCUGCUGCCAACGCUGCUGCGCCUUACCUACAAGCUGCUCCUGCUCUUAUCAUGGCCGCAACGCUUCCCGCUCCUUCGGCCGCACCGGUCGCCCCAGUGGCCGCGCCGGUCGCCCCCUUGGCCGCGCCAAUCGCCCCCGUGGCCGCGCCGGUCGCCCCAGUGGCCGCGCCAAUCGCCCCCGUGGCCGCGCCGGUCGCCCCCGUGGCCGCGCCGGUUGCCCCAGUGGCCGCGCCGGUCGCCCCCUUGGACGCGCCAAUCGCCCCAGUGGCCGCGCCGGUCGCCCCCUUGGCCGCGCCAAUCGCCCCCGUGGCCGCGCCGGUCGCCCCAGUGGCCGCGCCAAUCGCCCCCGUGGCCGCGCCGGUCGCCCCCGUGGCCGCGCCGGUUGCCGCUGUGGCCGCGCCGGUCGCCCCAGUGGCCGCGCCGGUCGCCCCCGUGGCCGCGCUGGUGGCUCCUUUGGUCGCCCCUACGCUGAAAAAGAACCGUAAGGCGAGGCAGCAGGCCAUGCCCUACACUCGCAGAUCUACAAGGGCAGCUGCCCAGUCAGCUACGGACAAAAUUCAUCAACUCUUCAAGAUCGCCACCCCUGGAGCUUUGGCCGCUUCCUCAGCUAACUUGGCACCGCCUGCGGUCAUCCCUCCACCAGUGGUUGCUCCUGCUGCUGCUGCCAUCCCUACUCGGCCAGUGGUUGCCCCUCUUGCUGCUGCCAUCCCAGCAGCUCAACCUGUGGCGGCUCCGGCCCCUGCUCCUGCAGCAAACCCACUGGUAGCGAGGCGUCCAAGGCGAGACUGGAGAGCUCCACCUGUGCUUGGACCUCGCAGAUCCACGAGGGCUGCAGCGAUGGUGGCAAAGGCAAAAAUCCACCACUGCCUUGAGAGAAACGCCAACCUUGCCACCUUCGUCUACACCAACUGAGGCGCCCACCCUUGUCAAUCGUCCUGAAUCUGCCUAUUCUUCACUAAGCUUACCCACCCAGAUGGGUGCUCCCUCUAUGAACUCAAUUUUUUUUUUUUAAUUUUUUCAUGAAUAUCGUUUAACGUAGUUUAUUCAAAUCCAUUUUACAUCCCAAACAAUUCAAAAAAUCUGAAAAAAAGCUGUUAAAAUCGGUUUGUUAAAAUUGCUCUACACAAUUCCGUUGGCGUCACGGCGAUUUUAAUUUAACUUCCCUUCCGUCACUUGCAACUAGGUUUAAGUGGGGCUUCUGAUUAUGACUUAAGUCUAACAGCUUUAUGAUAUCGUGCAAAAUCUAAAAUGCCGAUCCAAAACUUUAAAAAUUUUCAUAAAGGUCGUGUGGUUUUUGCGUCGAGUCGCGUCCGUAGCAUACUUGUUUUUAUGUAUUUGAUUUAUAUUGAUCAUUUUUGCUCUUGAUAAUUUUUUCUCAUUGCGGCUUGAAAGAGAAGAGACAUAAGCGAGUGGCUUUUUGCGUUUAGUUUUUAUCAAGACUCGAUAGUUCAAUACGGUGCUUUUUUAAUGAUUUUUUUUGCAAAUUGCACCAAAUACCACUGCAGCUUAUAGUUUAGGCGAACCAUAAACAGGCUUAAUUUGAAUAAAUUAAUAUAAUUUAGUAUGGCAUGGGAACAAGACUAAGGAAGAUUUUUAUUAAGCCUCUGUAUCUUUUGAUGAUUUGUUUAAAGAGCAAAUCCACAUUCGGAAUAGUCAAAAAGCUCUCCUUUAUUAGAGAAAUUUUAAACUAAGAUUUAAACUAACAAAUUCUGUAUACUCAUUUGCUUAUAAAGUAGAGUAAUUUAUUGUUAAUUUGCAACGAUAACUUGAUUGCCAUUGAAAAAAGUUAAUUCUUCUGUUUAUGCUCGGCUAGUUUGUGUUAAAAAAAUUAAAUAUUUGUUUAUUAAGGAAUGCGAUAUUUUAUAAAAAAUAAAAUUAUAAUAAUAAUAAUAAUAAUUCGGCCUCCACUGGGACUUGCUGCGUGAUCAUGCAGUCGAAAAUGGAAUAAAACAAAUAGAAACAAAUUUCAUAAAUUAUUAUGGUCACUCAAAGGAAAAUUGAUUUUGUGUAUUUGGCGUAUUUGCAGCCCGCCUGUUUGCAGUUUUGCAGAGGUCAAUCGUUUUCAAAGUUUACAAUGAGUGGAGUUUGAUUUCAUAAAUGAUAGGUCGAGGGACAAACAACUCUGAGGGAAGGUGGGAGAAAAAACAAUCAUUACCUUUGCCUCAGUUGGAAAUUUGCCGCGCUUGCCUUGAUCGUAGGGCCCACGUUUGAUGCAAAGCGGCCAAUGGACAACCGAGAGACGCUCGGCACUCUUUUGCUAAUUAUAUUCAACUCUCUUGAAUUUGCUGGGAUAUUGAAGUCGUUUUUUUAAUUUAAAUUAAUGUAAAUCUGCUUUACAAACGAGAGUAGAAAUAAUGAAAUGCUCUUAAUUCAGUUAAUUCUGACAAAUAUUUAAAUAAAGGUGCCUGGGCAGUAAAGUAGCUGCGCCAAAUAAUUCAAAGAAAUAACGUGACAUGAGAAAAUAUUUGACAAAAAUCAACGUGAAUACUGCGAGCAAAAUCUGACGAACUGCGAUAUACUUGACGAUUGAUAAUGAAUUUCUGAAUCAGCAAUCAAUGCUUGACUACCGAGAAUGGAAUGUUUUUAAUGAAAACAGAAUUUUGACCGAAAGAAGGUGAAUCGCCUUUCAUCUGAAAGGAAUUCGUCCGAAAGUGCUUUUUCGGACUCGCACGUACGGUGACCUCGAUAGAAGCGUUUCAAGCGUUGAAAUAAUGCGCUUUCUACUCAGGCUCUUGAGCCAGUAAAGAAAUUUUAAUGCAAAAAUAGAAAAUAGAAUGCAUUAAUUAGGAAUCAGAGUUGUUGUGUCACCAAAUUUGGUUCAAACGGCACCAGACAUGUGUUAUAGUAUCUUCUUUUUGAGAGAUAAUAAAUUUUUUUUAAAGUUUUAUUGAAAAGAAUAAAAAAAUUAAAUCUUUUUGUAAGUCGUGCCCAAAUCAAGAAAUAUCAGUAAUAUAAAAUUUUUGAUUAAACCUGCAAGUACAAGUGAUUUGCGACAGAAUUUACCGACCGAAACUGAUUGGAAGGAAGCCUGAAAGCAAAAUUUAUAUUCGGACAAACAAACUGAAUAUUCAGUUCAUUCGCUGUUUUGUGAUCCAGGAAAAAAAUGGAUAGUGAUGCGAUUUAAUAUUACAAUCUUUGUCAAGAAAUCAAACUCCCAAAUAAUUAUUGUUAAAAGAAAAAUUAGCAUGGUGAUUUUUUUUAGUUUGGAGCAAUUAUCUACAAGCUCGAAAAAAAUACCACAUGUUCAGGAAAGUCUCUAUUUUAUGUCAAGAAUUCUAUGAAGAAAAGAAAAAUCAUCAAAUUACAUAAAAUAUACAAAUAUUCGAUGAAUUGCUUGUUGCCUGAUUUAAGAAAAGAAAAAUAGAAUUUAACUCGAGCGAUUGAAAUAAUCACCGCUAUAAAAAGAAAAAUUAGCAUGAAUGUUAGAGCUGGUAUUUGUCAUAGUUAGGAGCAAUUAUCUAGAAGCUCCAAGAAAUAACAGAUGUUCAGGAUUGUCUCUUUAUUUCAAGAACAUCAACUCUACAAAGAGAAAAUAAUCAUUAAAUAAAAAAAUAAAAACAGAAAAAUUGAAUGAAUUGCUCGUUGCCGGUUUUUAGAAAAGAAAAACAAUAGAAUAAAACUUGAGAAAUUGAAAUUAUCACUGAAGAUUAUUUGCGCGGUGAAUGCACUGCUUGCAAUUUAAUAGUAAAGGUGUAUGAAUUACACCGCGACCUCUGCAAACUCUGCCACGAAAACACUCAAAUUGCGAAAACAAGCUCAACGACCAAGGGUUAACUGAUAGUGAGACCAAAAUCUUGUUCGUCUUAAUUUUAGCGCGCCUCUGCCUUCCAGCCAUAAUGGCCAACAAACUGAGCAUCUUUGCAGACAUAUUGCUAAGGCUCAUUCAUCUACUGCGAUCUGAAAAGUAAUUUUUAGUAGUGUGAAAACUCAAUUAUUUGCUUGCAAGACGUUUUUGCAAAUAGUGCAGGACAAAAGAAACUGAUGUUUUGAAAAGGGCACUGAAACGGUGCAAACGGUGCGAAUUGGAACUUGAAAUUAGUUAUAUCCGAAAUUCCACAAAUAAGAAAAUUCGACGUCGUCGUGAAAAUGACUUUGUCAUUUGCGAUUAUUGAGAACAGGAGGCAGAGGUGUCGCGGUCAAUGUAGAAAUCCGGGUGCGAAUGAAAAAAUGCUCAUUGUUAAUAUAACUAGUCAAAAACUGCAAGUUGUUGGUUCCGGCAGACGUCGUCACGGAGCUGGUCCGGGCCACAGUAGGAAAAUUAGGCAAUUAGGAAAGGAAAUUAGGGACGGUUCUCCUGGUCGCCUGGUCA